UGAGGGAGGAAGGGGGAGGAGAGAGAGAGAGAGAGCUGUGCGUCGCUCAGGGAGGAGGGGGGUUGGCUUUAGUGUGAUGUGAAUGGAACAGAGUCAGUGCGCGAGAGCAAGUGAGCGAGAGGGAGGCAGAGGGAGAGAGAGAGAAGGAAGGAGAGAACGAAUCAACCUGCCUCUUUUCACACAACAACGGGAUGGGGAGAGCCAGCACCUAAGCCCCGAAUGACCACAGAGGAUUUUUUUGCCGUGCGUUUACCGCGAGGAAGGGAGCGAGGGAGAGAGAGAUAGAGGGAGAGAGAGAGAGAGAGAGAGAGAGACGCGGCUGGCAGGAACCCGAAGCGAGGGGGGAAACAAAAGCGACCUCUGACUGAGGAGAGAGAGAGAGAGAGAGAGAGAGAGAGGGCGAGAGAAGGGGGGAUAGAUAAGCGGAGAAAUGCUGUCAAGAGGAGAAGGGGGGAGGGAGCGACAGAGAGGAACGGGAUGAAAGAAGAAAGCUGGAUCGUGCUGGAGAUGAGAUGAGAUGUGGAGAUAGUCAGUGGAGAGCAGCGAAGCACACCUGAAACCCCCCCCGGGAGCCCAUGGGGAAGCUGAGCCAGAGGGAUUCAGUCCACUGCAGCAGCCUCUAGAACAGGCCACUUCUGCUUUCCUCGGUUCCUCAUGUGUGGUUUCUUCAGGAACACUCUACAAUCACAAUCACCACCCCUUCAGAACAGACCGGUUCUGCGCUGUCAGAUGGAGACUGAGACUUUAUCAUGAGCAGUUCUCUAAGCCAAAAAACGGAAGACGCUGUUAUCUGAAGGUCACCUUGAGAGGACUUCUCCUGCGCCAUUAUUUUCCCAACAAUCAGCGGGACAGCUACAGCGCGACUGCUACAAGGCCCAUGAGAGACAUAUGUUUGUGUGCGUCACCUGAUCGUCAGCUCCAUUUCGAGGUCGCAAGGCGGACAGAGACGAGGUUUGAUAUUUUACUAUAGAGGUGGUCAGGCAACAUUCAGAAACUGAGGCCUUUCAAUAUUUUCGGACUGGCAGCUAUGCAGUCUGACGACCUCUUCAUCCGCAAGCUGCGUCGGCAGAGCCCGCGGCCGCCGCUGGCCACCGUCACCUUCGACCCGAAGAGGGACGGCGGAGGAAUCCGGACGCGCGUGGUGGCCGAGUGGCCGCCGCGGCGGGACGGGGAGGGCACGGAGGGCGAGGCGCCCGGGCUCAACCUGCGCUCGGUGGGCCGCAGCCACAUCAUGCAGCGCAGCAACAGCGACGUGACGCUGGGGGACCUGGACUCUGCCGGCAAGGCCGGCGGCAAAACGGCCCGGGUGUUGAGCGAGAAGACCAGCUCGGGGGUCGGGGGCGAGUCGGUGGUGGUGUUGCACCGGGAGUACGGCAGCCUCUCGUCUCUGGAGCGGCAGAUGCAGUUUCAGUCGCAGUCGCUCGGAGGGGACGAGCACGCUCCCCUGAGCCCCAGCGCAGAGCGCUUCAAAGACCCGCUGCUACUGCUGGGCUUACAGCCUGGCCCCACGGAACCGGACGGCGCCUCCCCCGCGCCGGCAGGGGAGCCCCCUAAACCGGCCAAGCCCCCGAAGCCAGACGGGCUGCACAAGAGGCCCAAGCCUUGCCACGCAUCCCUCCUGCCCCCGCCUGGCCUGUGUGACCACCUGACCGGCGGCUCCUGGGUGCGAAACUUCGCCCACUACGACGUGCAGAGCAUACUGUUCGACAUGUCCGAAGCAGCCUCCAACCGCGACAGCAUCGGCCGCAAGAAGAACAUCACCUCGGGGGCGUCAGCCGCCUCCCAGCUGCGACCCCUCAGUCAGGCGAGCCCGGCGUCUCCCUCCCAGAGCGGCGGUGGAGGGGCCGGCGGCACGGCCGGCGGCGAGGACCUCGACCAGACGGGCCAGCUGAUGGACGAGGGCGACGGCAACGACAAUGAGCUGUUGCUCAGCUGCCCGCACUUCCGCAACGAGGUGGGGGGCGAGGAGCAGGUGGGGCUGGGGAGGACGCGGGGCCCCGGGGGCCAGUGGUGGCCCCUGCUGAGCCCCAACGACGCUGUCUCCGUGCUGGAGGAGCCCCGCGAGAGCAACGUGCAGCAGCAGGUCAAGAGCAACUACUUCAUCGAACACGCCGACCUGGGAGCGCGCUACUACCACAAGUACUUCUACAUGAAGGAUCACCAAAACUUCUUCGGUGUGGACGACCGGCUCGGCCCAGUGGCCAUCAGCUUCAGACGGGAAGAAAAAGAAGGAUCCAGUGGAGCUCAGUACAACUACAGGAUCAUCUUUCGCACAACAGAGCUGAAGACGCUGCGCGGCUCGAUCCUGGAGGAGUCUGUUCCUUCGGCGGCGCGACACACCACUCCCCGCGGUCUUUCGCCCAAGAGGCUGCUGGAGUUUAUCAUCCCCGAGCUCAACCUGCACUGCCUGCGCCUGGCUUCCACGUCGCCCAAAGUCCGAGACACGCUGCUGAAAUUGGACGAGCAGGGCCUAAAUUUCCAGAGGAAGGUGGGAAUAAUGUAUUGCAAGGCAGGACAAAGUUCGGAGGAGGACAUGUACAAUAACGAGAGCGCUAGCCCAGCCUUCGAGGAGUUCCUGGACCUGCUUGGAGAACGAGUGAGACUGAAGGGCUGGGAGAAGUAUCGAGCUCAACUGGACACCAAGACCGACUCCACGGGAACCCACUCGCUCUACACGCGCUACCAGGACUACGAGAUCAUGUUCCACGUCUCCACCAUGCUGCCCUACACACCAAACAACACACAGCAGUUGCUGAGGAAGAGGCACGUUGGCAAUGACAUUGUGACCAUAGUCUUCCAGGAGCCUGGAGCCUUGCCUUUCACUCCCAAAGCCAUCCGCUCCCACUUCCAGCAUGUCUUCAUCAUAAUUCAAGUCCACAAGCCCUGCACAGAAAACACCUAUUACAGGGUGGCUGUGACCCGCUCCAAGGACAUCCCGCUGUUUGGUCCACUGUUUCCCAAAGGUGCUCGUUUCCGGCAAUCGCCAGCCUUCCGCAACUUCCUGCUGGCCAAAGUGGUGAACGCGGAGAACGGCGCCGAGAAGUCCGAGAAGUUCCGCUCCAUGGCCACGCGCACGCGCCAGGAGUACCUUAAGGACCUGGCGGAGAACUACGUCACCACCACGCCCAUCGACUCCUCCACCAAGUUCCCCCUGCUGUCGCUGGGCGGCAAGCGCAAGGACAAGAUGAAGGGGGCAAAGGGCGCGGAGCUCCACAGCGCCGGUGCCCUCGUGUGGGCGGUGAUGGCCACCCAAGCGGGCGAGCCCGACAGCCUCAGACUCCCGUGCCUGCUGGGCGUCUCGGCCGAGUCGGUGGUGCUCAUCGAACGCUGCUCGCGCCGGGUAGUGUUCAGCAGCUGUUGCCGCGACGUGAUUGGCUGGAAGGCUGUGACGGAGAGCGGGGCGAAGGGCGGGCCUUCCCUGGAUAUCUUUUACGAGAGGGGCGAGUCGGUGUCAAUCAGUGUCAUGGAGAGCCAGGUGGAGGACAUUAAAGAGAUUGUGCAGCGACUGGAGUUUGUGACGCGGGGCUGCGAGGCUCGUGAAGUGACGCCCCUGCGCGACGGCGUGGGCCAGCCGGGCUUCCUGAUGACGGAGGAGGGCUUCGUGACGGAGCUGCAGCCCUUCGGCUACGCGGAGAGCGGCGGCCUGCAGCUGGCGGCCCGCGUGGUGCGCCUGUGCGGCCUGCCGCUGGUGCACCUGGGCCCGGAGGAGCGCAGCCGCCUGCUGCGCACCGCCCACAAGAUCCACAUCACCGUCAUUCCCCCCGACGAGAACGGCAAGCCGCGCAGGAGCUUCUCUGAGUUGUACCAGAAGGCCAUCCAGGACGCCGAGGGCAAGUCUGGGGAGGGCCAAUCAGGCGAGGCCUGGGUACUGGACGAGCGGGAGGACGAGGAGGAGGAUGAGGAUGAGGAGGUGGAGGACGAGGAGGAGGAAGAGGAGGAGGAGGAUGAAGAAGAGGAGAGGACGGAGGGCGAGAGGGUGCAAGGAGAGGGCAUGGAGGCAGAGCCGGUGGAGCAGGUGGACGGGACGGCCCCGGACCUGACUCCAGCCACCGACGAGGGGAGCCCCGGGUGCCUGCUCUCCCCACCCAGCAUCCCCCUCCUGCGGGCCACCUCCCUGCAAGACCACCCCCAACCUCCGGCUCCGGAUAUCACCCCCUCCUCUCUGACGCGCAGCUACUCCCUGGAGAGACACCCACCCUGCCAGGACCUGCUCGAGGGGCAUGUGUAUGACAACGUGGCAGUGAAGGUGGACAGGCACAUCUAUGAGAACCCUGGGGAGCUGAUGGAUGCCACGCCUGACCUCAUCUUGGCUGUCAAACCCAAGAUGACUGUGGAGGAGGAGGGACAGCAGAAACAGUUUGGCUUGGAUGAGCUGAAUGAGGAGAAGGCGUCCGCCAGCCACCCCUCGGCGCGGCCCGAGUGCAUGGACCGAUCGGAGCGCAACUCCAGAGCCCUGAGCCUCCACAACUCCAUCACCAAGAUCCUUUCAGAGACAACCGAUUCCAGUGAAGAGGAAUGGCAGUCCAUUUCCGACCUGGCCACAGCCUGCAGAAGUAUCCUGGAAGCCCUGUCAAGAGAAGACCGGAAUCCAGGAGAUGGAAGCCAGGCCUCCGCUGAAGGUCUGACCGGGCAGAGCGAUGGCAGGCUGAGGGACGGGAAAGACAGUGACUCUCCUGGCCACCUCGAGGAGAAGGUGUCACAGCUGGAGGCCAUGCUGAAACGGCUGCAGGAUGACCUCCAAAAGGAGAAGGAGGACAAGGCAGUGCUGCAGGCAGAGGUGCAGAGUCUGAGGCAGAACAACCAGCGGCUGCAGGAGGAGUCCCAGAGCACCGUGGCGCGCCUCAUCAAAGUCACCGAGCUCUUGUGCAAUGUCAACAAGCCCUGCUAGCCCGGCUGCUAGCCUCGCCACGGCCCCUCCCUGCCCAGCAGCCUGCUUCCCAGGACCUACUUCCUUAGGCCCGCACACACAAGUGCAAGAGUCGCACGCAAAAAAAAAUAAUAAUAAUAAUAAAAAUGCUAGACUUGCUAACCCCAGCAAUCCAUCAAACCAACCAAACAACCAAACUCUCCACAUAGCUAGCAGGCAGAGGUGGCGGUUGACUCUGCAGUGAGUCACGCCCUGACCUUAACCAGAUCCAGACCAGAUUAGUGCCAGAAUCACCAGCUCUCUGGGAUCCACAGCGUUGGAAUACAGUAUGCUGUCCGACUUUCAGACGGUUCAGAAAUGCCUGCAGCGUCUCACUCCCCUUACUAGGCGCCCUCCACCCUCUCUCUCUCUCUCUCUCGCUCUCUCUCUCUAACUCAUCAACACAAAAGGCAUGUAUAUAUACUCACAUUUGUAGGGCCGCUUUAGAAUGCAGACAACAGGCUCUCGCUAGAUAAUCAGUCUCCGUUAAAGUAUGACCACACAUAUUUACACAUAUAUAAAUGCUAAAAGAGAAUACAAUAUGGAGACAGUUUUAUUCCAACCAUUUCAAGAACAUAUACUUUUGCUAAUUGAUUGGACAGGAACAGGUUAAUGGAGUCAUAUACACAGGUGUUGACGUAUGGUCGUUGUCUGCUGUGAUCUUAGUACUUCUCUGUCCAUAUCACCGACCAGCUGGGCAGAAUAGCAUUUGCUCCUUGGGAACACAUUGCCAGCAAAACCGAACAAAUCGGAAAAUCGGACCUGACAGCAAUUGGCGAACAGGUCUUUUGUACAGUAUUGGUGUGCCUGUUUAUCCACUCAAAAGUGGAGCUAAAGCUGAACGAGUGUACUGUGGGCUGUCUGAGCCCCUCCAGAUGCCUGGCCUUCCCUCUACCUGUCCAAUCCCCACUAGGACCGGUCAUGUCCUUUCUCUCUGUGCACGGCAGCCGAAAUAUGCAACUACUCGCCUAGAGAAGCUCUGCCCUAACUGGAGGUGUCUGAUGUCCUCUACUCACAUUUACACACACACACACACACACACACACACACACACACACACACACACACACACACACACACACACACACACACACACACACACACACACACACACACACACAGAGGAGCAUAGCCUGUGCUGAUGAGGUCUAGCCGGAGGGACGGUGGCUCCCGCUCUCUUGUGUGGAUGUGGUGUUGCCCUGGAGAGACUUCCUUCUGCCCUGGGAACUUUAGCAAUGUACUGACUCUACCAGACCUUGUACCAACUACCAAAUCCUCUUUCUGGCCUCUGAUGCAGACCGCACCAUGUGUCCCUGUGUGUGUGUUGGGGGGGGGGGGGGGGGGCAUUUCAAAAGGGAUUGAUUGACUCAUGGGGAGUACUGGCACACUUUGGUUGGGGUGUAAAGGGGAACCCUGCCUGCAUUACUGGAGAUGGGAGUACAGGGGACUGGAUGUGGGGUUCAAUGUGAAAUCUUUUUGGGCAGCCCUUGCUGUUGGGCCUGCCAAGCUUGCCCCCUGCUGGACACAAGAGGAAUCGCCAAACACAGCCAUUUUGCUGCAGGACCACAACAAAAAGAAAUGUACUGUAAAGGGAAAUGACUUGAAAUGUGUGGUAUUUCUUCAAAUUAACAAUUUAACUGAGCCAUUUUUUAUUGUUAUAAGUGUUAAUACGUUUUGCGCGCUUCAUUAAAGGGACACUUCCGCGUAGAAGGAACUCAGAACAUUAUUUUAUGCCAUAGAAGCAUUGCGCUUGAAAAGAAGACGAAUGAACUGGAGUUUUUCCAUGCUGGUCUGCUGGUUGGUCUGCGUUUGUUGUUGCUCAAACUGGCAUUGCCUUCAUUCGGUUAGGACACAGUACAUGUGUGGCUUUACCCAUUUUUUAAAUUUUUUUUAUUUGUUUCGCCUUGUUGACCAAUCAGUGGACUCUCACCCCUUACCUCACCUUCAGGCUCAGUGUGAGGGGUGUGGGUAUUUGGGGGGUGGCUAGGUGUCAGAUGGUGGAGCCGAUGGCAUACUCACCCCCCUGGUUCAUUUGCUCGCAUCCCCAGACAUCCUGCCUGCAGAUGCCUGGGUAUUUCACCCCUACUCACACAAAGGACUCAACCUGGCUGAGACAAAACACACACACACACACACACACACACACACACAUAUACACAGAUCUACACCAUCACAAUCCAUCAUACAGCUACUCACAAUCUCUCUCAAAGAGAUUCCAAGCAAAUGCUGAAUAAUAAUGGAAUGUCAGCAUACCUGUAUGUUGUAAAUAAGUAUUUUAUUUCCUCUUGUAAUUUUUAAGUUUAUUUUUGAGUCACUGUGAUUAACCGGUACCAGCAGAAUAAGAUAAAAUAUUAAGAUUAAAUUAUAAAUCUAUAUCUUUAUCUCUAUGUGAAGACAUGUACAGCCGAAUGGUUCAGUGUGACUUAGUGCAUUCAGUUGCGUACGCCCUCCAAAGCAAGGCAUUUUUUUGCAGGCAGACGUAGAUGUGCUCAAACUAAUUCGAUUGAAAUUGUUGCAGCAGUGAUGCUUUGUGGGAUUGAAUUAGUGAAAUGGCAUUGUGCAAGACUUCUGUUCUGUUUGACUUUGUGCUGUAUAGUUACAUAGAUUGUAAUAGGUUGUUUUUAAAGCACGAGAAUGCACCAAGCAACUUCCAGGUUCCCCUUCUGUAUGUGUGUAUGUAUGUAAAAAAUGUAAUAACUUAUUAAUCUCGCAAAUGUGGAACUCCUUGUUAGAUGUCUUAGUGCUGAAAGCGAGGCUCAGCAAAUCAAUGUGCUACUAAACUGAAAGUUAUGGGAGACAUUUGUUUUGUUGUUGUUCCUCCUGGAGAUAUUAUUUAGCAAAAGUCACAUACUGUAAGUCAAAUAUGUCACAUGCAAAAUACAUCAGGAAGUUGUUAAACUAUGUUUCAAAAUGGUAUAUUAUUUUACUUUAGUAGUGAUAAUACAAAAGAUUAUGAUCCUUUUGAACUUUCCAUUUUAAAGCUACAAAACCCAUGUUAUUACAAAGAUCUUGUAUGCCGUGAGGUAUGCCUUAAUGGAAAAAACUUGGAUUCUCCCCAAAAGAGGCUGGGAAGGAUUCAUCACUUAUGGGAAAAUGUGAAGGCUUAACUCUUAGAUUUUGUGCCUAUUUUAAUAACGACUUAUGGUGUUAUCCAUGCUUAGUGUUUCAUUCAAAUCUCAAGGCAUUUUGAAUUGUGUCCUGAUAUAAAGUUGCUCUUUCAUGAAAAUGGUGACGCCAAAUGACUCAGUGAAGGAGUUUCCAGAGUCUUCCAUUCUGUGUCGGGACUUGUGUUUGGCCCUUCUGGGGAUGAAAGACCUGUCAAAUUGUUGCUUGGAUAUUUCAAGAUUGUGUUUAUCUCAUUGUUGAUAACCAUGCAUUUUCUUUUCAAUGUGCGGCCAAGGUAUUAAAAGCAGUUCCUUGAGUCACAAACAA